AUGGCCUGGGCCCCUGACAACGUGCGGAAAUGGUCAACCCUGACGCUUCUGGCCCUCAUGGGCACAACCCUGACAGCGGCCAUCAACCCUGGCUUUUCGGCCAUAAUCUUCCAGAAGGGUCUGGACUUCGCAUGCCAGGAGGGCGUGACUGAGCUGCAGAAGGAGCUAGAAACCAUCAAAGUUCCCAAUUUCUCUGGAAUCUUCAAGACGAAGCAUCUGGGAAAAGGUUCCUAUGAGUUCUACAGUAUGACAGUGGACGGAUUUCACACCCCUAAUCCCCAGAUUCGUCUGCUGCUCGCGGACAAGCUCCAGCUGUCCAUCAAGAAUGCCAGCAUCAAUAUCAGAGGAAGAUGGAAAUCAAAGAAGAACUUCCUCAAAGCCCGCGGCAAGUUUGAUCUGAGCCUCCAAGGCGUCUUCAUCUCCGCUGACCUGCAGCUGGGCAGGAGCCCCCCAGGCCGCCUCCGUGUGGAUUGUUCUGCCUGCAGCAGUCACAUUGACAGGGUUCAUAUCCAAAUCUCGGGCAGCAUGCUGGGGUGGCUGAUUCAGCUGUUCCACAAGAAAAUCGAGACUUCCCUGAAAAACAGCAUCAAUGAAAAGAUCUGCAGAAUUGUGACCAUCUCGGUGUCCACCAAGCUGCAGCCUUACAUCCAUACUCUUCCAGUGGUUGCCAGAGUGGAUGAAAUGACCGCAAUUGACUACAGUUUGCUGACUCUUAGAACCACAGUUGAGUUCCUGGAAGGGCAGCUAAAGGGGGAGUUUUUCUGGAGGAGACACCACGACCCACUCCCUAUUACCCCACCAGCAAUGAGCGUCUCCCCCAACAAGAGCUACAUGGUACAACUGGGCAUCUCCGAGUACUUCUUUAACACUGCCGGGUUGGCAUAUCAAGAGUCUGGAACCUUGCAAAUGACCCUGAGGGACUGGAUGUUGCCAAAGGAUUCCAAAUUCCGACUGAAUACUGAGUUCCUUGGGACCUUCCUGCCCAAGGUGGCCUUGAAGUUCCCCAGCACAGAGGUGCAGCUGCUGAUCUCCGUCUCCUCGCCUCCACGCCUGAGCAUCCAGCCCUCAGGCCUCUUACUCGACCCUGCCCUGGAGACCCAGGCCUUUGUUGUGCUCCCCAACUCCUCCCUGAUCCCUCUUUUCCUGGUUCACAUGAACACAACUGCCUCUUUGGAAGUGGACGCUGAAGCAGACAGGCUUGUUGGAGAGAUGAAGAUGGAAAAGCUGACGCUAGAACUGAAGCAGUCUGAAUUCGGCUCCUUUAAGGUGGAGCUGCUGCAGGCUGUCAUAAACUACCUCAUGCCCACGAUAGUGCUGCCCAAGAUCAAUGAGAGGCUGCGUAAAGGUUUCCCUCUGCCUUUGCCUGCUGGGGUCCGGCUCAACAACCCCGUGUUUCAGUCCUACCAGAAUUUCCUGGUACUUGGAGCAGAUGUCCACCGGACCUGA